AGAUGUUCUGUCAGUAGAUGCUUUUAUUUUGCUGCAUUGCAUAAAUAGUACUAUGAUAACAGAGCUUGUAGUAUGUGGUUAAAGAUGUAAUUGCAUACUGUUGUGUUACAUCUAGAGAGUAAUUUUGACCGUUAGGCAGAAUAUUGGAGCGGCAUGUCAAAUGCUGCCUCUGUGUGUUGCUAGCAGGACUUUGUAUUCAGGAGAGCCAGUUUGGUAUAGAGAUGUAGGAACUUGUGUGAAGUGUACAGUGCUCAAUGAUUCAAACGCCAUAACCUGUCCACUCGCUGGUGUAAUCACCAAAUGUAGUCGCAGUACGUCACAAAAUCCCUCGCCUUCAUCAUAUACCACAGUGCAUCAGCUCAAUGCCUCCCGUGCUCACCGGUGGAACAAAAAGUACCGGCCUUAAUGCGGACCAAUUAUUCUGUUUGUGUCACUGAGCAUUGCAGUUGAUUAGUGCACUGUUUCUACUACAGUAAUAUGCGGAUCAGGUAGGUCUACAUUAUCGCAUGUUUUUAUGAAAAUCACGGCAAUUCUUGAAUGCCAGGCGCAUUAUUCUAGUUCCAUAAAAUGUGUGACACAUUGGAUCAUGUUCCGGUGCCUCUUGUGGCUUUGCAGGUUUCCUGCCAUCGGGAUCCGUGGAUGAGUACCUGUCGCUCGUGUCUGUGCGUGGCCAGCAGCAUUCCUGCCGGCAGUGCACUUAUGUGACCAAGUACAAGUACAACAUGAACACACACCUGCGCACACACACAGGCGAGCGCCCCUUCAAGUGCCACCUCUGCCCAAGCGCAUUCACCACAAGUUCCAACCUGACACAGCAUCUGCGUAUCCACACAGGCGAGCGCCCCUACCAGUGCCGCCUCUGCCCGAGCGCAUUCACAACGAGUUCCAACCUGACACAGCAUCUCCGCAGCCACACAGGGGAAUGUCUCUUUUUCUGCGUCUACUGCGAUGCAUCCUUUUUGCGGAAGGACCACCUUGCUAGCCACAUGUCCUAUCACACGGGAGAGAAGCCCUUUCAUCAAAUUUGUGACGCAUUGUCUACAUCACGUUCCUGUGCUUCUUCAGACUUUGCAGGUUUCUUGUCAUCAGGCUCCACGGAGGAGCACCAGUUGCCCGCGUGUGUGCAUGGCCAGCUGCAUUCCUGCCAGCUGUGCGCACACGCAGCUGGCUGCAAGGCACAGGUGAAGGCACACCUGUGCAAGCACACGGGCGAGCGCCCCUUUCAGUGCCACCUGUGCCCGGCCAAAUUCACUUGGAAUUCCCACCUGACACAGCAUCUGCGCAGCCACACGGGCGAGCGCCCCUACCAAUGCCAUCUGUGCCUGGACACAUUCACUCAAAGUUCUGCCCUCAAGCGGCAUGUGCGUAGCCACACAGGAGAACGCCCCUUUUCCUGUAUCCACUGUGAUGCAUCCUUUUUACGGAAGGACCACCUUUCUGUCCAUAUGUCCCGUCACACAGGAGAGAACUGUGAAUUUGCAGGUACCCUGCUGUCAAGCUCCCGGAAGCAAUACGAGUCGCUUGUGUCCAUAGAAAGCCGGCUGCAUUCCUGCCGGCUCUGCGCUUACAAGUGCGAGAACAAAUGUGACAUGGUAAAACACCUGCGCACACACUCGGGCGAGCGCCCCUUCAAGUGCCACUUCUGUCCCAGCUCAUUCAAAACAAGUUCCAGCCUCACGCCACAUAUGCGAAGCCACACAGGAGAGCGUCCCUACAAGUGCCACUUCUGUCCCAGCUCAUUCAAAAGAAGUUCCAGCCUCACGCUACAUCUGCGAAGCCACACAGGAGAGCGUCCCUACCAGUGCCACCUUUGCCCAGGUGCAUUCACUCAGCGUCCCCACCUGCAAAAGCAUCUACGCAGCCACCCAAGAAAGCAUCCCUUUUCCUGCGUGCACUGUGGUGCAUCCUUUUUGGAGAAGGGGAAACUCUUGAUCCACCUGUCCUGUCACACUGGGAAGGAGCCCUAAAGGUGGUUCUAGCUGCCUACCGGAUCAACUUUCCAGUGCCUGCUGGUGCGCUUGCGCUCCCCAGUAUCCAACCGUAUCGCCGUGGGCUUUCAUGGACGGGAUUCUGACGUGGCUGUUGACGAUGCACUACUGUCCUUGGAUCUGCGCAUGUGCUUCACUGCCAGCCUGGCUAUAUAAGUUUCCCUGAAGCAACUUCAUUCAGCGGCAGCGGCAGCCGUGUGGCAGCAGUUACAUCUCUGACUGUGCCUUUGUUGACUUCACAAGUGGUUCUAGCUGCCUGCCGGAUCAACUUUUUAGUGCCUGCUGGUGCACCUGUGCUCAUAAGUAUCCAGCUGUAUCGCCGUAGGCUUUCACUGAUGGGAUUCUGACGUUACUGCUGACGGCGCACUACUGUCCUUGGAUCUGCGCAUGUGCUUCACUGCCAUCCUGGCUAUACAGUCAACGUCCGAUUUUUCGGACCCCCUGGGGUCGCGAAAACAUCCGAAAAAUCUGGUAAUCCAAAAAAAUGAAUGCUCGCAUUUUAUGCCCCUACGGGCUCAAAUCGCCACAGGCAUGUCAGCAAUAGUUCCAAGGGCCUGGCAGUAUAGUUAUUAGCCGUAUCGGGGCCUGUACUAUGAUAUGAGACGGCAGGUUCCCGCGUGUAUAAUUAAGGAAAGCACACCUUGGCCCCUGGCUGUUGCCCCUUCCCACAGUUGAUAUGCUUCGCCGCAAUACAUCGCGUAUGCUUCACCGCGUAACAAUGUUGUAUUAAGGCGAAGCUGACUUUCGGGAACCGGUAUCAUGCAACGCGCCAUGCUUUCCAAGCUUCAAAUAUUGGCGAGAAUUACAAAGGCAGAGUCGGCGCCAUUACUAACAGCGGCGAAUUGUUUUAAUGAAAUACAUGCCACCGAACAGUAAGAAGCUUGGUAGUGAACGUCGAAGUAGCUAGGCCUAAUGUUGCCGUGGUGACUCCCAGUGUAUCUGCGUGUGAAAGCGCCGGUUCGAGGCGCCGAGAUAAUCAAAAUGGCGGUGGUGGUGGCUUCGGUUAAUGCUGUUUCAGACCUGUGGACUGCGGUCCUGUUAAAAAGUCCGCAAUAUCGAAUGGCGAAGGUUUUUCGCGUCUGAAAUUUCAGACGUUUUUAUACAUCGACUCUAUGGUGGCACGUGACAGUGCCGCGAAGGCGUCCGAAUUAUCGGGCGUGUCCGAAAAAUUGGCCGUCCGAAAAAUCGAUCGUCGACUGUAUAAGCUUCCCUGAAGCAACUUGACUUCAUUUAGCGACAUUAGCAGUGUGGCAGUGGUUACGUCUCUGACUGUGUCAUUGUUGGCUUCACAGGUUUGUGAUCACUUGCUCUGGCUAUAUACUCUGUUAUGUAUUAUUUUUGGUUGUGGUUGUGCUGCUGCUGCUGCUUUCAGUAUUACCAUUUCGUUUUGUCAUGCUAACUGUUGCCAAAUUGUCUAAAUGUGUAGAACAGUCAGAAAAUGCUUUUAAGGAAAGACUGGAUAGCACGCUUGAGAAGGUAAUGACUACUGUCAUUUCCAAGCUUGAUUCUCAGCCUUAACUGAUCAUUAUUGGCCUGAAGAUUGAGGUCGAGCAGUUGGAACAGUCUUGAUUACUUGAACGAGACAGUUGAGUUUCUCAGAUCUGAAAAGGAGCAAUUAACUGCAACCAACAAAUUCCUUAUUGUGCGUAACGAGGCCUUGGAAAAGUGUAUUAGUGACAUGGAACAAUACUCAUGAAAAAACGUCAAAAUCAAGGGCAUUCACUCAAGAUGAAAACUGCAUGGCUAUUCUCCAAACUAUUGCCUCUAAAAUUAAUGGCCCCGUUUCAGCCAGUGAUGCUGACACCAUUCACCGCGUUUCGUCUGGUUCUGACUCAGAGAAUUUACUGGUCCAAUUCAACUCGCGAAUGCUUAAGAACAUGUUUGUCGGGAAAGCUUGUAAAGCCUGUCUGCCUGCAAAUCACAUCGGUUUCAGUACUUCACGUGGCAUGCCUGUCUUCGUUAAUGACCACCUCACUCCUCAGAAUGAACAACUGUUCAGCAAGGCUUUGCAGCUUAAGAACUGGCUCUUUCUGUGGACUGAUGAUUGUGUCAUAAAGGCAAGGCAGUCAACAAACAGCAGGGUCUUUCGAAUCAAGAAUGAGUCUGACCUAAGGGUGUUUGCCUAAUCAACUAGUGCUUUUUUUUUUAUUCUCUUUAUCAUUAUGUUGUACAUUUCCAUUAAUGACAUUAAAUUCAUUUUUUCCCAUA